AUGUCUGCUACUUAUUCUUCAGACGAGGACACUAUAAAUGAUGCAUUUGGCCUGUCAAAACUUCCUGCCAGCAAAAAACCACGCACGGUCCAGGACAAACUCGUGUCUCAGGCCGCGCCUCAUGUUCUCGCUGAAGACCCUCUAAAUCAAACAUCACUAGUGACACGGCCGACGGACACGCAGAUGAAUGUUAACAUUCCCUACAGCGAAAUGAUGUUGCCGCUCCAGGGUCCCGAGAAUCCAUUCGGUGAUUCAAACCGGUUUAUCAAUCAGAAUGCACUCGCGGGCCAUGUGGAAGAACAAUCCAUGUCAGACCAUGCGUUCAAGGCCCAGCAUCUGACACAUUCUAUCCUCGGCUACUCGGUCAAUCCGUCGAUCGAUCCAAAUGCACCGUCUAUUCUCGGCUCAGUCGAAAAGGCCCGCGAAAAUGGCUUUGCAACAAUUGAUACCUUACGAGCUACCAGCUCUCAGAAAAAGGAAUUGAAAAGAAAGAGAAAGAACAGGGGAGAUCUUGAUGUCGUCGAGGGUGAAGGCGCAUAUGUUGGACCUUGGGCUGCAUGGGAUGGAGAAGAGGAGAUUGGAUUCUUGGAUGGUGUUGAAGACACUGGUGAUCAGCCGCAGGAAGAAGAGGAGCCCGAGCCGGUAGUUGCAAAGAAGAAAGCGAAACCAAAGCUUGGUGCCUAUGGCCAAGAAACCUCCGUCUUCCACGGAAAAUCUAUGACCGACUAUCAAGGCCGAACAUAUAUGCAUCCGCCUCUGGCGGAAGCGCCUCAUAUUGCCAGUGAGGUAGGCUCCCAAGAGACAUUUAUUCCAAAGACGUGCAUCCAUACCUGGACCGGUCAUACGCAAGGCGUCUCAGUAAUCCGAUUGUUCCCUGAAACUGGCCACCUCCUUCUUAGUGGAUCUAUGGACACAAAAAUAAAGCUGUGGGACGUGUAUACUCAUGGAAACUGUCUCAGGACUUUCCAUGGCCAUGUACAGGCCGUUAAAGAUGUCACGUUCUCUAAUGAUGGCCGGAAGUUCCUGUCGUGUGGAUAUGACCGCCAGAUGAAACUAUGGGAUACCGAGACCGGCCAGUGUCUAAAGCGGUUUAGUAACGGCAAGACUCCCUACGUUGUGCGCUUCCAUCCGGAUGAAGAUAAACAACAUAUAUUCCUCGCUGGUAUGUCGGAUAAAAAGAUUAUUCAGUAUGACAUGAAUUCCGGGGAGAUAACCCAAGAGUAUGACCAGCACUUGGGUCCUGUCAAUACUAUUACUUUCGUUGACGAGAACCGACGUUUUGUCACGACGUCGGACGACAAGACCAUCCGUGCUUGGGAUUACGAUAUCCCAGUCGUGAUAAAGUACAUCGCAGAGCCUCAUAUGCACUCAAUGCCAGCAGUAACGCUUCACCCUUCAAAAAAAUACUUUGCUGCCCAAUCAUUAGACAAUCAAAUUCUUAUCUACAGUACGGAUAAUUUCCGCCAAAACAGGAAGAAAAGGUUCGCGGGACAUUCCGUGGCUGGGUAUGCUUGCCAGGUUGGGUUCUCUCCAGAUGGCAAGUGGAUAAGCAGUGGUGACGGCGAGGGGAACGUGGUGUUCUGGGAUUGGAAAACGGGGCGUAUUAAAUCCAGGCUACAGGCUCACUCGAAGGUUGUUAUCGCACAUGAGUGGCUACCACACGAGUCGUCUAAAGUUGUGACGGCCUCGUGGGAUGGCUUGAUAAAGCUAUGGGUAUGUCCCGUCUUCGAUUUUGAUCUAUCCAUUGUAACGCUCGAUAUAGGACUGAGUAUUUCAAUACUCGCAUCUAUUGUAUUCUAUAUGCAUAGCCGCAUGACAUCAUAUUUUUGUUUUACCUGUCAGGUGUUGUAA